AUGCUUGAACUUAUACGACGAAAUAUCUUACCGGAACAUCAAGCUGGCUUCAGACCAGGCAAAAGCACUAUAUAUAACAUCGUGCAAUUAGAACGAUAUGCUCAGGGACAACUUCGACGUGCUCGUCGAAGACAUCACUCAGCUGUUAUUCUAUUCGAUAUCAAAGCU